GGGGGAGGAGGGGGGCCCUGGGGUGGAGUUAGUCCCUGCCUAUUUUCAUAUUCAUUAGAACUGGGAGGUUGCCGGAGGAGCCCAGCUGAGUUUCAAGAUAUAAAAGCAACUUCGGGUGCCCCUUCUGCAGCCGGGAGGUAUUAAGAGUCUGGGAGCUGGGCAGCUCCUGGCGUCGCGGGGCUCGCUUCCCCUUCCCUCCUCUCUGACCCUCCCUCCUCCCGCCCACUGCUCUCCCUCCUCCCUCCGCGCGCCCUCCAGCCUCCGCGCGUCUCGGAGAGCUCGCGGACAGCCUUUCCAGGAUUAUGGAGUUUCUGAGCGAGAAGUUUGCCCUGAAGAGCCCGCCAAGUAAAAACAGUGACUUUUACAUGGGCACAGGAGGCGCGUUGGAGCACGUUAUGGAGACGCUGGACAAUGAGUCCUUUUACGGCAAAGCGACGGCUGGCAAAUGCGUGCAGGCCUUCGGGCCGCUGCCGCGAGCCGAGCAUCACGUGCGCCUGGACAGGACCUCGCCCUGUCAGGACAGCAGCGUGAACUAUGCGAUCACCAAAGUAGAAGGACAACCUCUUCACACCGAGCUGAAUCGAGCCAUGGAUAGCUGCAACAACCUCAGGAUGUCUCCCGUGAAAGGGAUGCCUGAGAAGAGCGAACUGGAUGAACUCGGGGACAAAUGUGACAGCAAUGUAUCCAGCAGCAAAAAGAGGAGACACAGAACUACCUUCACCAGUUUGCAGCUGGAGGAACUGGAGAAGGUCUUCCAAAAAACCCAUUACCCGGAUGUAUAUGUCAGAGAACAACUUGCCCUGAGAACGGAGCUCACGGAAGCCAGGGUCCAGGUUUGGUUUCAAAAUCGAAGGGCCAAGUGGAGAAAAAGAGAACGUUACGGCCAAAUACAGCAAGCAAAAAGCCAUUUCGCUGCCACCUAUGACAUAUCAGUUUUACCAAGGACUGACAGCUACCCACAGAUCCAGAACAAUUUGUGGGCAGGAAAUGCUAGCGGUGGUUCUGUGGUUACGUCAUGCAUGCUACCACGUGACGCAUCCUCCUGCAUGACACCUUAUUCUCACUCGCCUCGGACAGAUUCCAGUUACACAGGGUUUUCAAACCACCAGAAUCAGUUCAGCCACGUGCCCCUCAACAAUUUUUUCACUGACUCUCUUCUCACUGGAGCUACCAACGGACACGCAUUUGAAACAAAGCCAGAGUUUGAAAGGAGGUCUUCCAGCAUCGCUGUUCUGAGAAUGAAGGCAAAGGAGCACACCGCCAAUAUUUCAUGGGCCAUGUAACAUACAGUACUCUUUUAUUUUUCUUUUCAUAGCAAAGUAAAACAUUCUUAUUUCUCAUAUUUAAAGGAUACCACAAUAAGCUGCUGUGUGUGGAAGGGCUAAAGGUCAAGAUAUACGGUGAGACCAGCUUACAUGAAUAGUUGUUAUUAUUUAACAUUUAAAUCUAAGAACGGAUCCCUGAACGGACUAAAUAGGUUUACCAUGCACCAGCCUCCACAGACUGUGUUUUAGUAGUAAGUUUUUUUUUUUGUCCUAUUGUACAAAUCAAUGAAAUAUGGUCAUGCAACUUCUUAAAGGAAUAAAUGUAUUAAACAAAUCCUUCUGUGAUAGAUUGAUUUAUGCUAGUUCUGUAUAACAAGAAAUCCCUUGUAAAAUGAUACCUGAUAAACGAGGAAACACCCCGGGGAAAAAGGCAGUAUUGAUCCAGGGGGCUUUGAGAGCUAAUGCCAUUUCCAAUUCUUUGGCUCCAAGACACAAUGGUCAUACACACUGUUGCAGAAAGAUUCUUUUCUUUUAACCUUUCAAUGUUUUGGUGAAUUUCCACUCCGUUAGAGAAAAAAAAAAUCUGAACUGCUCUGUAUUUGCAUGAAAUAUCUGGGCACCGUUUCUUGCAACCAUGUGGUUAAAGGUGACAACUGAAGUAUUCAGGUUAUGAUUUAAAGUCUAGUCAACUGGACAGGUUUUAUAAAUGCAACUUUAAAGUGAAGAGGCCAGCAUGAAGACUACAAUUUAGUGAAUAAAACCAAGAAAUCAUUAGUAAACAUGCUGUUGCUUUAUACUAAAAUCAUGUUGAUUGAAUUGCACACACACAUUUUUAGCAAAUAAAGGGUAACUUUUCAAUUAAAGGAGUAACAGAUUGGAAUUUAUGUUUGUUUUGUGGGUCUAUGCAUGCUCAAAUGCAUGCCCGUUUGCCCUUGACACACUGUGCCUUAAGCAUUUUUGCUACUGUGCUUUCCAUAGAGAAUUAAGAUGUCAGGAGGUUUUCCAGAAUUUCUUGUUAAAAAUAAAAAAGAAGAAGACAAAUA